AUGCAGUAUGAAAAACUCCUCAAGGUAGAUCCGAACACAGCAGAUGACCCCCUUUCCCUAUCAGAGGCCAUAAUACUCAGCUCAGGAUUGGGGGUCUGCAAGGCCUGCGAGCUCUUCCUUCGCAGCUACACAAUCAGGCGGCGUGCAGUGGGCGUAGUAUAUACUCAAGGAGUAUCGCAUUUCCUAGCGCCUCUCUUCCGCUUCCUUGCAGCUUCCAAUAGGGGUCAUCUUUACAUAUCUUCUUCUAAACUCAAAGCGACAACUGCUGCGGACGUCUUUGUCUUUCCAGUUGCAACCUUUGUGUCAGAGAUUGUGCGAGGAGAACUCAGUCUAUCAUCUUUUGAUGGACUCCUUGUCCUUACAGCUGGAAAACCUGCCCCGUUGUUGAAAGCUCUUGCCCCAGCCUUAAGGGAGAACCGUUGUUGGGUAAAGUAUCUAUCCGAUCAGCCUUUAAUGUUUGCGUUUGUGCAGAACCUUUAUGAAAUCCAAGUGCAUCUGGAGCAGAUAGAGGCUUUCCAUAUAACAGCAAUAAACGUCGUACACAGGUCUAUGCAGAUAGUCCUUAAGGACCUUCCUGCAUCUCCUCUGCCUGCAGGCUCUUCUGUGUUAGAUACGAUUCAUCGAAGGGCAAACUUAUUCAUGGAGGAGGUUAUUUGUGUGGAUGUCGGCUUAGAGCAUCCCACGCAUCCCCGUGUAUGGCAAGAGAUACGUCGAUGGUCUCUUUUACUUGCACGAAAGCAGCCACGGUACGAGGCAAUUGCACGUCUUCCCCAGGCCAAACUAAUUAAGCAUGCAGACCUGCUUUUCGCAGAUGAGUACAUUAGUUGGGCGCUUUGGUUUCUUUACCACAUGGAGUUGGCGCUGCCACAACACCGCACAGAGGUGCUAAAGUGUUACGGACUAUUUCUGGACCAAUUCAAGCAUCCAUUAACACGCCCUGCAGACAUCCGCAGCUACUACGAUUCUUUGCUGGCGGUCUGUGGAGCCCAAGGAGGCACAACCUUGAUAACUGCUAUGGCCACAGCCGUUGAGUCUGCAAGCGAAGAUGUUGCAGCCUCCAUAGAGGCCCACAUGUACACGGAGCAAAAGCACCUUCAUGGUCCUCCCACACGAAUUGUUGUUCUUCUGGGUACAUACUUUGGUGCCCGAGAGCUGGAAGAGUGUCUUGUACUAAGUGGGAAGGUAGAGAUGCUCUCUUCUCAAAGUGAGGAUGGAGUUCCAGGAGCUGACCUCAUUGCAUUAGAGCCAGCACCACGAAGGACUGUACCAUCUAAGGGGUCAGCACUGUCAACGGAUACUGCUACUCAGGGGUCUGACCCUAGUAAGUAUUCACAAGAAGCAAGCGCUCCAGAGCUUAAUACAAUCCACAGACGUCUUUACCUACAGACAAGCAUUGAUAAAGAGUCAACAAAGCUAAGUGAUGAUGCAUAUGUUCCUUUUACUCCAAGUAAAGGAGCCGUUAUAGAUGCGUUAACAAAGAGCAUCUCUGGAAGGAUCCAUAGCGGUGCAGAAGUGGUAAUCAUCUCAACUGUGUCAAAUCCCCUCUUCUCUACAAAGGCUAUGUCAACACCGUUCUCCCUGUAUGAUCGAUUGGAUCAGCUAGGAAUAAGCACAAUUGCGUCAAUUAUCUGCUGUGGCGCGUCGAUCCAAGCAGUUCGAGUUCUAGAGCGUCUCAACUUUAGGUACAAACAGGAGGCUCAUCAGACACCUAUACAGAUACCCCUCAUAGUAAUUGAGGGAGGUGCCCAGUCUUUUACAACGAAUUACCCUAUCCUUGUUAACAAUGUAGAAUCGGAGGCAUUAAAGGUUCUCCAUACGGCCUCAAUGCACAUGUCUGUUUCUUCGUACUAUAACACGCCCACAGAGAUAGAUUUUACGGGCAUACAAACCAAGCAACAAAGUCCUGGCAAGCUUGAGAAUCCACAGCGCCUACUGUACAUAGACAAUAGAGAAUUAAGAUCCGUUGUCCCUGUAGAGCUAUUUGUCCUGUCCAAAGGUUUAAGACUCAUUGUGAGACAACUUACUCUCGGGGACUACAUCCUGUCAUCCAUGACCGCAGUUGAACGCAAAAGCGAGCAAGAUCUCAUUUCCUCUCUCCGGAACAAUCGCCUUGAGGACCAGCUAGAGAGACUAAAUGCACAGUUCCCCACGUUCUUCCUGAUGUGCUCUAUACCAUCAGAAAGGUCUCACGACAUGAUACAAAUCGAUACACAGAGCAAUCAGUCAACCACAAUUGCUGCUUCUAAGCCUCUAGGUCUCACUGCAAGACUGUUUAAACUCUUAAGAACCUACAAAUCAAUGCGCGUGUUGUGGUCGACUGAUACCACGUUUGCACCGCUGCUCAUGAGGUUGAAGAUGACGUGUAUGGAUCGCGGAGAACCAGAGCUAGAGCCUACCGAUGCAGAAAAUAUGGUUUCUGUCUCUGAUGAGUUCAUUAGGAAGAGAAUAGUCAGAGCAAUCCCAGAUCUUUCUGAAGCAGACUACGCAGCAUUGAUCCAGAAGUAUUCGGGGAUAUAUAGCAUUCUAAUGGAGAAUGAGGAGACUCUGGCCAGAGAAACAAGCCAGUAUGUCAGGCACAAGGUAGCCUCCAUAGCUACUGAGCCCCUAAUUAAUCUGCUAAAGGCAUUAAAUUCUCUGGAAGCAUAG